AUGGUCAACAUUACGGAAAAGAUCAAGGAGAUUGAGGCCGAAAUGGCCAGGACGCAGAAGAACAAAGCAACAGAAUAUCAUUUGGGUCUUCUCAAAGGAGCGCAACUGCUAGAGCCUGGCCCGGGUGCAGGCGGUCCUGGCGGAGAAGGAUUCGAUGUCAGUAAAAGUGGUGAUGCUCGUAUCGCGCUCGUCGGUUUCCCUUCAGUUGGUAAAUCGACAUUCAUGGGAAAGAUCACAAAGACCAAGUCCGAAGUCGCAGCAUAUGCUUUCACCACACUUACCGCCAUUCCUGGUGUGCUCGAGUACGGAGGUGCCGAAGUUCAGAUUCUCGAUUUGCCAGGUAUCAUCGAAGGUGCUGCAGAAGGCAAAGGUCGUGGAAGACAAGUUAUCAGUGCUGCCAAGGCUGAACUGGAGGCUGUCGGCAUCAGAUUGAACAAGGAGCCCNCCCCCAAGAAAGCCGGUGGCAUGAAGAUCACUUUUCAAACCCCUCCCAAGAACGGUCUCGAUGAGAAGAUGCUGUACAACAUCCUCCGCGACUACAAAAUCCUGAAUUGCGAAGUGCUUGUUCGUGAUGAGAACGUGACUGUCGAUGACUUUAUCGAUGUGAUUAUGAAGGACCACCGUACAUAUAUCAGAUGCCUCUACGUAUACAACAAGGUUGAUGCCAUCGGUCUCGACCACAUGGACAUGCUAGCAAGAGAGCCUAACACUGUCAUCAUGAGCUGCGAGCUCGACCUCGGCGUCAGAGACGUAGUAGAUCGAUGCUGGGAAGAACUUCGCUUGAUUCGUGUCUACACUAAGAGGCAAGGUAUCGACCCAGACUUCAGCGAGGCACUUAUCGUUCGUGGCAAUUCGACAAUCGAAGACGUUUGUGAUGCCAUUCAUCGUAACCUGAAGGAGAGCUUCAAGUAUGCAUUGGUAUGGGGUGCCUCUGCAAAACACAUUCCUCAGAGAGUUGGUCUAGGUCACGUUGUCUCUGAUGAGGAUGUGGUAUCAAUUGUUGGUACAAAGUCUGGUCUUGCAGCAAAGUAG